CCGAGAGAGAGCGAGAGCGAGCGAGCGAGCGAGAGAGAGAGAGAGAGAGAGAAGUUGCGUUGAUGCAGGAUCUAAGGACGGAUGGCGGGGAACAGCCAAGUCGCGGAGGAGAAGGAGGAGGAGGAGGAGGAGGAGGGAAGUCAAAGCCGCGCAUGACCCUGCCGCCAGGUGGGAGGACAGUAGGUGGGAGUUUACGCAGCAAAGGACAAGUCGAUGAUCUCGUUCGAAUAUGGAGUUUCUUGAGUUGUGUGAAAGACUGCAUCGGCUUGGAGAAGCACUGGAGUCUACACGAACUGGAGGCGGCGCUGACCGGGUCCUGGAGGGAGUAUGCGUUGGGAGAGUUUGAGAGGGAUCUGCAGGAGAAGGGUUAUGUUUACGGACUGAGGGGUGCGUCCGGAGAUGGUGAGUGGGCGGGCGAAGCUGGGGAAGCAAGACCCAGCGAGGGACGGGCUGGAAAAGGUGGCUCCUCCUUUGCGGCUGGUUCGGCUGUGUCCCAGAAGAAGCGAAAGAGAAGGAAUUGUGAGGGAAAGGGUCCGGCGGAUGGCGUGUGUGAAGAGGGUGAGGAGGGGGAGGAGGAGGAGGUCGCGGUCCAUAGACGGAUGAGUAAUGGCGAUAGGAGGGAGGGUGGAAAUGAUGCAGCCGCGCUCGUCGAUGACCGGGGGGGCGGAAACAACCCCAGCCUACUGGCAGCGAGAGGGUUCCAGACUGCAAAGGGGACUUCAAUGAGGGAAACCUCGCCGAAGGAGGACCCUGUGGCACAGGAUGUCGGGGGGGGUGCAAACAAUAGUUGGGAGAUGCCGGAUACGAGUGGCAAGGAAGAGGAGGGUGAAUGCCGCGGCGGUGUAAAAGAGACGGCAGGGGAAGGUGUUUCGUCAGGCAUUGCUGGUUCGUUGUUACGGGUCCACAUGAGGCUCGUGGGAUUUCUUCUCGCAGAAUUGAGGCGGCGAAUCAAAGAGAAAGAAUGUAGUCGAUAUGGGUGUCAAGGGUGGCAGGCGUGUGGCGGGUCGCUUAAAGAGGAGAGGGAGAACGGGGAGGUCAAAAGUCGCGAGGUGGAGGAGGAGGAGGAGGUGUUGCCUGUCUGUGCCGGCCGAGAACUUAGGGGAACAAUGAGCGUAAGGAGAAAAGCCGGCAGCAGUGGAAAGGGGGGUCCAAGCAAAGGUGCAGAAGUGAGCGAAGGGGAGGGGAGAGAACGACCACUGCAGUGGGAGGAAAAUGCAGAUGCGAGCUGCCCUGUCAACGAGCUCACAUGGAUGGAACUGGCACGUCGGUGUAUCCUUGGGUGGAUGGCUUGGAUUGUCUGUGAGAAUAGAAGAUGGAAUGCACAGGAUAGGUGUCGCUUUCUGCGGUGCUUGUAUGGAGAUGGAGGGCCAUUCUGCGGAUAUCUGGAUGGCCUUGCAGGAGCCCUGGCAGAUGCUCAGGCACUUGCGCGAAUGGAGCAGAAGCUACAAGGAUGCAAUUCGGUCGUGCCCGGAGGGGGGAUUUCCAAAGCGGGGCAUGCGAGCACAGUUGGUAUGGCUGCAAUGAGAGAGAGAGAUGCUCGGGAACAAGUAGUCGCCGCUCCCAGUGGCAAUGAGCAAUUGGAUAAGCAAACACAGGUAGAUGGCCGCAGCGAGGAAAGCGGUGAUGGUGGGGAUCAUGAUGAUGAGGAUGAUGAAGAGGAAAUGGAGGGGAAGGAGGAGGAGGAGGAGGAGGAGGAGGAGGAGGUGAAAGAAGGCGAUAGCGAGUGGGCUGCAGAGCUGGAACGCAUCAUUAAGCUUCCCACUAAUGUUGGUGCACGGAUACGGAAUGCGAUCAGAGAUGCCCUCGCCAAAGGGCCUCCUAUGAGGUAUCGGGAACAGCUGGAGUAUUCCAUCAGCCGAGAAGUAUACAAGGGAAAUGCAUCUGGCCCGACAAAGAAAGCUGCACUCAAGGUUUUGGAGGACUAUCGAGCUAGCCUCGCCACGCAAGGCAGCAAUAAGAAAACGAAGACAGUGAGCAAUCAGACGAAAAAGCAUACAAAGAGAUCUGUUUACACGGAAAGGGACGCCUCGCAGAGCAUCACGAACAGAUGUCAGAGUGUCCUGCACCAGGUGGCUAUGGAAGACAAGCUGCUCGCUUUCUGUAGCGUCUCCAUGUCAGGUGCUGCUGCAGCCUGUUGGAUCCAAGCAGGAGAUGGUUCCAGAGAGAAGGGCGGCAUUGAAAUUGGCGGAAAGGCCAAGGGCGAUGAGCGGAAGGAACAUGGCAGUCAAGAUGGUGAAGUUCGUGUGGACGUUGAGCCAAUUCCAAUGCAGACUGUUGCUCGUCCACUGGACUUGCGGACGAUUGACAUGCGGCUGGCCGCAGGUGUGUAUGCGUCAUCUGCGGAGGCGUUUGCUGCUGACGUUCGACAGAUUUGGCAGAAUGUAAGGGCAACAUUUGAUAGAACAACUCAAGAAGCAAUGCUCGCAGGGAAAAUGGCUCAUGCGUUCGACCGGCUUUACGAUGAGAAGGUAGCUAUGAAAGAACCUAGUACGGAGAAGGGCGGGGCUGCGAAGGGGUCUGGAAGUGUUGACAUGGAUGUAAGGCUUCCCGAUCGUGACGGGAGCAGUCCUGCAGAGCUACCUUGGGAUGACGGGGGCUGCCGAAUAUGCGGUGUGUGUGGAGACCUGUCACACACAUUGCUGUGCGAUGAGUGUAACAUGGAAUACCAUACCUACUGCCUGUUUCCACCGUUACUUUCUGUCCCCCCGGGGAGGUGGUUCUGCCCGGAGUGUGUGAAGGCUGGGAUCUGUGAGAGGUUACACGAGGGAGAGGAGAAAGCCGAACUACGGUUAAAGUCUAAGGAGGAUGUCAAGCAGGGGAGAAGAGAGAACUCGGCCCCAACAGGGGCAGCCGGCGGGAGGAUGGAGGAAAAAGUGUCUGCGCGCGUGGACUCUGAUCAUAACUUGGAACCGUGGCGCAUGCUGGCUGAAAAGCUUGGUGGCAAAGACUAUUGGCAGCUGGAAAUCAAGGAGAGGGUCUUCCUUCUGAAGAUAUUGUGCAGUCUUGCUUCAAAGGUUGCGGAGGUUCGCCGGAUACUGGAAUUAGAAGCAGGUGAGCGUGGGCCAGAUUUGGGAAGCUGCGGAAAGAGAGGACCUGGAAAGGGAAAGAGAUUACGAGGUGAGGAUGGGCUAGCACCUGAUGGAGGGAGGGAUGAGAGGGCGAUCUCCCACAGGAAGAGGCAGAUGACACAGAGUGGGUAUGUGCCAACCCAUGAUCAGGAGAACUGGGCUAGCCCUCUCCGGCGAGAUGUGGGCAGGGAUAGGUGCCUUGAUGACCUGAAGAUUGCUGGCAUUCCCCCACAAGGAAAGGUGGAUUACAAGCCCUGUAGAGAGGCAAGAAGAGAUGAGAGCAUCGCGAAGGAAGCGCCAGAUGACAAGGGUACGGGGCUUAAAUGGGUGGGGUUGCAGGAUAUUCAGCGGGUGUUCGAAUGGGAUUGCUUAUCCAGGGGAAGUGCGCGAAAUGAGAGGUGGUUGUUUGGGGGUCGUUUCCUCGGCCAGGAUGCUGCUGGGAGAGGUUACUGGUUCUGGAAGCGUGAUGGAGAAGGAACCUGUUUGCUGGUGGAAAGGAGUCAGGAUUGCAGGUCGCCGGAUUCCAGCGCCAGCAGCCAAGAUGCAAAGGAGAUAGGCUGCCAAUGGGGUGUUUAUGAGGGAAGAGAGGAAGUACAAGAGUUACUGCGAUGGCUCACGAACCCUUCGUGGGCGGGAAACGAGUUGUGGUCGGCAGUUACGGCGCUGGGGAAAGACCUUGCCGGAAGUCCAACGGGUAGAGAGAAACUGGGGAAGUGUGGCGAUGCAAUUGCGUUUACUACGAGGGGACAUGAUUCGACUUCUUGUAAAAUCAAGAAGGAAGAUGCGUACGCGAAUGGGCUUGGCACCGCAACCGGCAAUGGAAGUGGUGCUCGAGAUCGGAUGUUUUCAUGUGUAGCUGGUGAAUGGGGAGUCAAUGGAGGGAGAAAGCACGAAGAUGGCCAAAAGGUUGAAGGGGGACUAGGACAACAUCAUUUGUCAAAGGAAACUCAUGACGGUGAACGGCACAUUGCAAAGCUAUCCUCGGGAUGGAAGCUGAAUGCGUUUGAAGUCCUCGCAAAUCUGGUUCCUGACGCGCCACGUUUGUCACGGGAGGGAGGAGGACCCAACGGAGAGGUAGGUGGUGAUGAUGCAAGUCUGGUGCAUAUGAAGCGCUGCACUUGUCUGGAGCCUGUAUGGCCAGAAAGGUUUCACUGCAAAGCAUGCCACGAGUCCGUUGAGAGUGAAAUUAGAAUGGAGCUGCACAAGAAAACAUGUGCCUCACUGAAUACCAAGAAAGUCCCGAAUGGUGUUGUGUCUAGCAAGGGUGGAGGCCCUUUUGAGGAUGGAAGCGGUGGGACUCGUGCAAGCGGGCCAGGACAUCAGGCAAAGAGCAUGAGGAGGAUUGAUGCAAGCUCCGCUUCCAAAGGGACGAAAGAGAAUGGCUCAGGGAAGAAGGUGGCUUUAUGUCCAACUGGGAGGGGAACCAACGGAUUUGUGGGGAAAGAGGGUGGCGAUCGGGGACUUGGUAACAAUGGGACCAAUGGGGUUGGGAGCAGAAGGAAUGGAUGGUUGCAUCAUGGGCAGAACCUCCUCUUCUCGCCAAGAACACUGCAGCUGUGUGUGAAGGAGUCUAUAUCAGACAGAAUAAAGAAAAUUGGUUUCUUAGGGGAGGCAGAGGUGCUAUUUCUUCCCGAAUCGGUGCAUGGCAUGUCUGCAGAGGCCUCAUCGCUUCCGCUGAGUGCUGGAAAGGUUUGUCAGGGGUCUGGAAUGAGCAGAAAGAAUUGUGGAAUGCUGUUGAGCGAAAAGUCGACACCCAUGUCAACCUUGACGAGGAGAUGGAGAGAGGAUGGACAACUUAUCAACAUAGCGCGCAGGCGCUUCUGGGGUGCCAACUUUGAGGAAGUCGAUGAAAUCUGGCGAAUGAUAGGAGAGCUUGCAUGCACGUCUUGGGAGUACGAAGGCGAUCCAGAGGCCGUUUUGGGAAUGUUGUUGAAGCAGGAGAGCUUGUUGGACGAAUGGAGACCUAGAGAUAGUGCCAAUGAGGGCGGUCAGCACUUUGAAGAGUACGACUCUGAUCCUGCUGUGAUGGUGGUGGAGAGGUUGCUCAGCAACAAAGGAGAGUCGAGAGAUGGCGACAUCGUUUCUCCAAAGUCCAAUGGUCACCAUUUGUCGAUGCUGAAUCACGGAACUCUUCAAACGCUAGUUGGAGGGCACUCACAGCCGGACCACGCCGGUAGCAUGAAAAAGCAGAAGGCAAUUGAAGCACCUUCUCCCUCACCUGUUGGCAUUGCAAGUCGACAAAAUAUGGCGGGUGAAGGGAACUUGCAAUGCCUUAGAGGCGCGAACGCUGGUCCUGGAAUGAGGACGGAAGGCAUGACAAAUGUGGGACUCAGGCAGGAAGCGAGUUUGGGGAGGAGUGCACAGGCUUCGCAGCAUCCAGAAGUUAUUGUAGGUCAUGGAGACAGCAGUGUUUGUGGCAGCAAGUUUGCGGCAAGGAAGGCCGUCCCGAAUGGCCAAGCCUGUAAGCCUUUCAGUUAUACGGAGAACGCUUCUCAACGGAAGGAACCAAAUGAUGCGCACGGUCGGUUCGCCAGCGAAAGGAAUAAUCAUAUGAGAAGGGAGACGGAAGAGCAAUUUGUUGAGCGCUGUCAAGGUGAUGAUCACAUGAGUGGUAUUAUCGACAUCCCAGGAAGGGUGAUUAUGGAAGCGAUUCAGCUGUUGGCAGGUAUUCAUUCCCAGCAGCUUGCUGCUGCAAAUGACAGAAAAUCAACCCAGCCUGAUGAUGAAGCAUUGUGCGCUGGGUUGGGAAAGCUGAAGAUGGAUCUUUUGGAUAUGGAGGCAGCGAUUUCCACCGAUGCCUUGGAGCCUGCAAGGGGUUCUGUCAGAAGGCGGCGCUUGUGGCGCACUCUGGUGAAGAGAGCUACCAAGCCAAAUGAGUUAUCUGAAGCGAGCGUCAUGCUGGAGAUGAUGUUGAAAGGUGAGAGGCUCUGCUCAUGGUGGCAUUGGUGGGGCUUCGCGUGCGCUGCAGAGCAAGGAAUCUCUGUCAGUGCCGCAGCAACAAGGAUCUAUUCUCUUGACCAAGCGAUAAUGUACAGAAGGGACCACCCUGCCACUGCUUCGUGUCCAAGGAAGACAAUUUCGAGAAAGGUUGUGAAUGCUUCCACUGUUUCUUCGAUGAAGGCUCUUGAUCGUCCGAAGAAGGGGUCACAGGCGGCCGGUGUUGCUGUGAGUGCUGGUGGUGAUAAUUCUUCUUUGUGUGUUCCGCCAGCAAAUGGGCGCAAAAGGGUUCGCACAAACGAUGAAGUGCUAGUGUUUGGUGGCCAACAGGAUUCUCCGGGAGUCAAUGGCCGCGCUACCGGAAAGGGAAAACGGCGCAGCAUUCCCAGAAACAGGACCAAGGUACCAAUGAACCCGGAAACGGUAAAAGGGUUGAAGUCGGAGCAAUGCGAGAAGGACGAAAGGAGCCGUCGGGACGUUAAGCGGGACAUGGAGAAGAAAUUGCCAGUGAUCAGAAAGAAGAAGAAGAAGAGGCGCCGGCGGCGGAACGGGGAGGAAGAGGAGGAUGAUCUAGAGCCUGACUCAGAAUCAGACCCAGAUUUGAACUCAGAUUCGUUGUCACCCUCUGACGGAGACUCGGAUUCAGACUGGGAUGGGUGCAAAACUGCGGCAAAGAAGAAAGCACUGCCUUCGAUCAAGAAGAAAACCAAAGGUGCAGGAAUGAAGAGGGCAGAAGAUUAUGGAAACAGUUCACUUGGGAAUACUGACAUUAGCAAAGGGGACAUUUCCCCUCCAGGAUAGAAGUCGGCAGCGGCGAAUGUGGACACGCAGAAACAGCAAAUGUGGGAAGUCGGGAGCGGCGAAUGUGGGAAGUCGGGAGCGGCGAAUGUGGGAAGUCGGGAGCGGCGGAUGUGGGAAGUGGGGAACAGGGAAUGUGGGAGGUCGGGAACUGCAGGGGGGACAAUGGGACAACAUGACUGGGAGGAGGAGGGAGCGAGCUCUACGGUUAUCAGUCCUUUCUUCUCCAGCUGUUUGGGCCCUGGGGCCAUGUACUGGUGGUUCAAUGGAGUCUCAUUGGAGCGGUCUAUGGACCGGAGACAUGGGGUGAAGGCGAAAGCGAUCUGCACUGGGAUAUGGACAAUGAAGACAGUGUACGAUAUGGUGGUUGAAGUGCGGCGGGCUAUCGACCGCAGGUGAACUGCUGAAUGCUCUCAUAUAAAUCGACGGUGGACAUACAGUGCAGCCUGUACGUCUACGGUUGACGGAACCGGUAUGCGCUCUGGCAUUCCCACACAGUGUAUGGAUUCAGGGGCUGCCAUUGCAUCCCAAUGGAAUUAUGAAAUGCAAUUUGUGCUCGAGAGCGAUUACACAGUAGCAUGCAAUUUCAAAGGAGGAGGACUACACCGUGUUUUGAAGAGCCUUCAGGGAGCCUUCAGAGAACGUUCGAAGAGAUGAUCUGCAUCUUGUGCUGAGAGGGACUGACCUCACAGCGGCGUGCAAUUCCAAAACGGGGGACGACAGCGUGCAGGAAAUGCAGUUCAGAUAGCCUUCAGAGAACAUUCAGAGAACAUUCAGAGCACAUUCAGAGAACAUUCAAAGAGAGGAACUGCAUCUUGUGCUGAGAGGUCUGUACACAGUGUAUGCAGUUUCAAAGAGGACUACACUCUGCCUGGAAUGCAGUUUCAAAGAGCCUACACAGGGAAGUUUCGAAGAGAAGUCUCUACACAGUGCUAUGAAAUUUCGAAGAGGACUACACCGUGCAUGAAAUGCAGUUUCAAAGAGUGUUCAGAGCAUCUUGUGCUGAGAGGUCUCUACACAGUGGUGUGGAAUUUCAAAGGCGAGGACUACACUGUGCAUGAAAUGCAGUUUCAGAGAGAGUGCAGAGAGAGUUCGAAGAUGUGAAGAGACUGACUGCAUCUUGUGCUGAGCGGGACGACUCAAGCAUUUUGCACUUUAGGUUUCCCGUGCUCAGUCCAUGGGAGAGAGGAACUACACCUGUCCGUGUAUGGAGUCUGCGCUUUCGACCUCCAGAUUUGCGACAUUGCAGUUCAUCACAGUUCAAGGACGGCAACUGAAAGGUGUCGCUGAGAAGGAUUACUGAAGCCUUUUGCUGUUUACGUCUCCCAUCGGUAAUCCUGUUGCUGUUUACGUCUCCCAUGGGUAGGUGGGUCAUACUCACACAAAGACUUUUCGUAAUGCAGCUGAUCGUAGUUACGUUCGGACCCGGAUGAAUCUGAUUGCGAUCAUGUCCAGAGCGUAGUAGAAAAACCGUCCCACUGUUGAGUAUGCCGUUCAGUCAAUGCCCCUAUGCGUAUCGGUAGAUGAAGGGCCUCGCCACACCACUCAGUCUCGAAAUGUGAAAAAGACAAAAAUGUGGCGGGUGCGUCUGGCCGUGUUCUAGCGGGAAGUUCAUUCACAUUUUGCAAAUUUGGAGAGUGGUGGUGUGCCGAUGCCCGAAGCCUGUGCUCUUGAUUCCCAUGCGUGCUUUGGAUGAAUCUGACCGCAAUCAUGUCAAGAGCGACAUUGCAGUUCAUUGCAGAAAAAAAUGCAGUUUAAGGACGGCGAUUGCAAAAUCUUGGAGCAGUACAGCCAGCGGCAGUUUGCAACAUGUGCUUUUUCGCUCCCAGACGUGGAUUCAGCGGCUGCCAGGUGACCCAACGAACGAUUGUAAGUCGUUUCAGCAACUCUGAAAAUGUUGGAAAGGUAUGGCAAUCUGUCCUUAGAUGCACAAUGUUUUUACCGUUUUGUGCUUCCAGGCUCCGAUGGGGAAGAAAACAUGUUUUCUGCCUACCAGACUCGGAUCUGUGUGCGUUUGUAACUCAUGGGGAUGGAGCCGGGAGCAGCAUUCUUGUCAUUUCCAAUAGUUGUGUGUUCCCUUCUGCCCACCAGACUCAAUCAAGCAUGGCCGCCACGGCGCAGGUUUCUCGCAUUUGCGCAGGUGCCACACGUAAGGGACUGCCUGACUGUCUGAUUAGGGGCACAUAAAGGACUGCCUGACCCGUCCAAAGAGGAGGCGGUGUUCUUUUCUUGUUAGGAGGUCUUAUGUGUAGUGGACUGUACAGAAGAAUGGAGGGGUGUCGAGGACUGUUGAUGAUUGAGAAGUGUUGACAAAUGUCGAGGAAUGAGGAGUGUCGAGCAAUAAUGUCAAAGGCUUAGGAGAACACACUUAGGUCAUAUUAAGUAUGUACUACACAGACCAGCUGUUCUUCCCCUCCUCGCUUUGAUCCAGAAAUUGCGGUUUUGGCAUAUUGGCUCCCCGGAUACGCGGAAAGAAAUUUAAAGAUUGGACUUUUUUACUCCUCUGCGUUCAUUACCCAUGGUCUGUGGUCGACUCAGUAUCAUCAUCUGUUCUUUCCGGGACAGGGCCCAGAAUGCUACACGGUACAACACCAUCUUUUCCUUUUUCUCUUUUCACCCUUCCCUUGGCUGAUGUUUCGAAGGAUGGUUCCCUUGGCUGAUGUUUCGCAGGAUGGUUGAUAGGGACAGUGGGACCAGUACAUCUGGAGAAUUCGGGCGAGCCAUUCCGAAAA